GCAAAAGAUGUUGAUCUUGGUGCUAAUAUUUCUUACCGGAUAAGAUCCAGGGAAGUUCUGCAGCUUUUUGCAAUAAACCCUUCAACAGGAGAAUUAUCUCUUCUGAAAGCCCUUGAUUAUGAGUCAUUUACUGGCAUGGAAGCUGCGUACACAUUUCUCAUUGAGGCCUUUGACAUCACAGGAACAAUGCCUCCAGGACUUGCUACUGUAACAGUAACAGUAAAGGUAAGGGAUGUCUUACCUUAUUACCUUAGCUAUAGUACUAUGCAUAUGUUUAAGGUAAAAUAAAAGUAUAUAUAAAAAGUUAUCUAGGAUUAUCCUAAACACAACCUCAAGCAGACCUCAAGCUACGUGUUCUCUUCUGACAUUGUAAUAAUUUAACCUCUGGACAUAGUGAUUUUUCACUUUGGUAUAUCAUUGCUAAUAUAUACUAUAAUAUAGGUGACUGGCAACAAUCAAUAUGAAAUACCGGUUAAGUUGAUCAGUGUCAUUGCCUGUACAUAAUCAGCACUUUUUGAUUGAAUAAAUAUUAGCAUAACAUUUAUUUGAAGCAAGGGAUGCAUAGCUGACAUACAAACAUAUCAUACCAAAGCAAUUUUGAGGAUAGAUUAUUUUGCAGAUGAACUUAAACAUUAAAAUUAUAAAACUUUAUACCAUUUUUAUUUUUCCACUUCUUUGUUCCUCCUUGAGAAUUGAACAGCUUUGCACAGUAUACAGUAUCCUUUAUCUUGCAAUAUUUCACACAGGAGCUGAAAUGUUAGCAUAAAAGCAAUAAUUAUUCCCCCCCCUCCCCCUCACACACACAUAGAUAAGAGAAGAACUGGUAAAUAAAAAGAUUUGAACUGAUUUUAUACUGAAAAAAAAUAAAAUAAAAACAUGUAUACUCGUUUUUGGAGUUAAAGGGGUUGAGGAGCAAAGGGGACAUAAAUAUUGUGCCUCUGGACAUAUUUAGGAUCUUCUAAAUCAGGGGUGCCACUGGCUCUAUUCAACAUACUGAGUAGUUCCAUAAUCUUAUGUAUUGAUAAAAGCAGGCAUACUCUGGUCACUGACAAUCUGCUCACAGCUCCAUUCAUUUUAUUUAACUAGCUGUGUGCAGAAGUCUUCUAGAAGACAUGUUUGUUCUGGUUAUUCUAGAAUCACAAAGGAUCAAACAUUUAUAAUUUUUUCUGUAAUCUCAAAGCCCCUUGGAAUCUGGAAUCAUUUUAUUUUGUGUCUGGCCUGUUUGUUCUCAUAAGAGUAAAUCACUUUUCCGUUUUGAAUGUGGGAGUUUAAUAUACUUUCUGUGCUAUCGCAUAACCUGUUAAACUGUGUACUUCUUUGGAAACCUUCACAAAGUUCACAGACAUUGGAGCAAGUAAUAUGAUAAACAGGUUGUCUGCUACAGGAAUUACUUAAAUUAACUGAAUGCUACUGGUUAGAAGCGGUAGUUCCCAUAUAGGAUCAUGCAAGGUAUCACCAUUGUCUCUGGAUUUGGAUCCCAGUUAUUGGAUAUCUAAACAAUUUUGACAUAAAGAAUACUAUUCUUAAAGGAACUCUCUGGGACCACAUCACAAAAAAGUCUUGAAAAAUAUACAUACAUUUCUCAAGCCAUUUUGUGAGUAGGUAGGCACUGAUUGGCUGGAAGCAUUGGCUGACCGUUCUUAGCGAAUCAGCAACGCCCCUGCCCAGGCAGCCAUAAUCCUUUUCGGCAAAUGUAAAGAAAGUGGUUAGAGAAAUCCGGUGUUGGAACACAGACUUUAGGGUUAAAUCAUAUCUGAACGGUUUAACCCAUAAAUGUGAACCAGUGCCAGGGAGUCUCCACAUGAAUGCAUAGAAGGAACACAAUACACAUUUUAUCUCUAUGUUGUUGUUAAGUAUCUGUAAUGCAGUUGUUUGCCAGUUGAGUACUUUGCCCACCUUAUUAUUAUUUUGUUUCAUGUGUUACUGUAAAUGUCAGUGAGAACACCACUCCAAUGUGUGAAACCUGCUUAAAAAUGAAUUACUCUUAUGUGAAAGUAGUUUAUUGCAAUAAGAUAGAUGAUGAUAAUGUGUAAUGACAGCUUAUGGUGCAUUAAAAGCACUUAUACUCUCCUUAAAAUUGUUUAUGAUCUGCACUGACAGAAUUUGAUUUCAAGACAUCACAAUUAACUACUGCAUUGUAAGAGCCAAAUAUAACCUGUAUAUUGAAGCUUUACAUAUUGUACAUAUUACUAAGCCGGUCCUGCAAGAAGUAAAACUACUUUAACUUCUUCCCAAUCAUGAAAUUACAAUUUUCUGACUAAGAAUUUAUAAAUGUCUUUCUUGCUCAGUCUGCAUUGGGUCCCUCCAGUUGGAUUGGAAGAUCAAGACUGAUUGAUUUUUUGUGUGUGUGUUCAAUUUAAGUCUUUUAUUCAGUUUUGUUAGUUUAUCAUGGGAUUCUUCAUGACAAUUUUUGAAUGAAAGAAAGUUCUUUAGUGAAGAUUUCAGCUCGUAACUCUUUCUUCUUUUUUUUUUAGGCCAAUAUUUUUUAUAUUAUUGAUGGGGUCUACGUGGGGUCUUUGGGAAUAACAGUCACCAUUUUUACAGCAACUGAUAAUGAUUAA